AUGUCGUUAACAAAAAAUCAUCCAACGACAUUUCACAAGGCACCUUUCAAAGCUGUGCAGAAUGAGUGUUUUGGAAGAGGACAUGACAGCCCACUGGAGCGAAAGGCCCUGUGGCGGCUGCGGCAGCGUCUGUCCCGAAACUAUCAGAGACCACCGAUGCGCCAACCGCGAGGGGACGCUGACCCUCAUCGCGAACAUCAAGGUGGCGAUAGCCGAAAGAAAAAUAUCCUCGUAAGGGCUCAGGCUAGUAAGCAGGACGCAAGCCGCCUGCGCGAAUCGCUGGCCCGCGAGGACGCCUACAUUGGAUCUCUCGAAGCCGCACUCGAGGAAGCGCGGAAUCGCCGCGUGAAAGUUACGAACAAUGGCCUGGAGGAUGACGAUCAGUCUCAAGAAGACAAGGAGAAUAUAGGACCUCGGCGACAGGUUUGCAGUGUUCCGCCCACCAACCUCGCAAGCGAAGAUAAUCGGCUUAGAGGGAAUGAACGGGCUCACAUGGUGAGAGAAAGGACGACAAAGGAUGAGGCUGUCGCGAGCUGGGUUUCUGCCACCCUAGACGCGCAGUCUGAACUUGAUCGAGGAGUUGAUGACAACGGUAGUGGUCAGACAUUGUCCCCGGCAAGAAGACCACGGAGAGAAAAGACGCGCGGGCAACGGCAUCGCUACAGACCAUACGAUUCUCGGGAUUGAGAUUUGCUCUAGAAUAGCUGAGCUUCUCGUGGAUUAUGGCACAUAUACAUCUAAUACUACCUAGCCUAAUAGUUAGACUAUAUUAAUCAAGUCACCUGUAAUAUCACCUCGCCGAAUACAAGGCUAAUCUGUCGUGCGCCAGACUCUUCCUCCACUACUUGUGUGCCAUAAAUUAAUAAAGUGUAACGCUCGACAACGGAUAAAAUGAUCUUAAGACGGAGGCAGUGUAAGAAGGAAGGCAAUUCCCGCUAAUGCGGAGGUCGCGGGGCAAAAGAGCCCGGUUCUUUAGGCCGGCCCCACCAAACUUCCGGCCAACACGGAGGAGUCAAAAUUCUCCCGAAGAAAAGAGAGAAGUAGGAUACUCGCGCCAUCAUAUUCGCGGUUACAUAUAGAAUCUGCGACUUGUGCUG